AUGACGCACGACCGCCGAUCGAUCGAUUGGCUCCGGCGGAAUGUCUUUCAAGUGACCUUGCCUUCGUCGCCGGUUCAGUCGGGGUAUUCAGAAUACAAGGCAAUGCCUCCACUUCGCACAACGUCUCUACGAGCCCCGUCAAUACCAACAGCCAGGUUGGGACCGCGCGCAACGCAUAGCAACCGCCAUCAGAAUCACAUCCGGUGUCAGAGCACAUCCACACGACCAAGUCGAUCUGCAGAUUCUUUUCGACAAUUUCCCUCAUCCUCCUUCUCUUCCUACUACUACUAUUGCAUCUACGCAAGAUAUCCUCCUCCACAAAUCCAAACCCAACGUCACUCCUUCUCUACCAGCGCCAGAUCUCCCCGAGACCAAAAUUACUAUGAAAUCCUCGACCUCCCCGUGACAGCCUCGCCCGUCGAGAUCAAAAAAAAAUUCUACGCCCUCUCCCUCCGCCACCACCCAGACCGCAACCGUGACGAUCCCAACGCCAGUCAACGAUUCGCCAAAAUCUCCUCCGCCUACUCCGUCCUCUCCAACACCCAUAAACGCGCCACCUACGAUCGAGAUCACGGCUUCCACCAUGCCCACGGCCACGCUCACGCCCACGGCCGAGCACAUCCAUCCGGCUCUCACAGCAGCCACUCCGCUAACGUCCACAAAGGCGGAGGCGGAUACGCCGGGUCUCGCCCAGCAAGCGGACUGAGCAAUCGCCGAGGUACAUUCCGAGGUCCCCCGCCUAGUUUCUACGCCCAGGGUGGAUACGGUGCAACGGGAAGAACGACAGAGGGCUAUGCGGCCGGGAAAGCAGGAACUGGAUAUGGAUCCGCGGCGAGCACAGCAGGCGCGGGCGCAGACGCCAGCGCCGCGGGGAAAAAAUACGAUCCAGAAGAGGACCCGCUGGGCUUUAUCGAGCGAAAUCCGCUUCACCAUUUCAAUGCGCGCGGCCACUUUCGCACACAGAAAGCGGAGGAUGAGCGCCGACGACAACGUGUGACGAGGGCUCGAAUGGCGGCGCGCGAAAAGGCGGACAUGUCGUCGGAAGCGGGUGGGGAUUUCGGCUUGGUGCGGUUUAUCGUCGUGUGUGGGAUUUUGGUAUUGGCCGGGGCGAUGACGGGGUUCUGGCAGUGGUCGGCGGGAGGGGAGGAUUCAAAGACGGGGAAGAAGAGGAAGGAUGUCUUGUCUGUUUCGUCUUGA